CGAGGAACGUGACCGAGAAGCAAUGGCGACUUUUGGACUUUUAUAACCCGAAUUUGCAAGAGUUUCAUUAUUCCGUCCCAUAUUUAUCCCUCACCUAACCACCUAGUGGUAUAUUUACAUGAUGUAUGCCGGAAUGGAGAUCGACCGAAGGCACGAAGAUGUUGGGGAAAUCUUGGUCAAGGUUCAAGAAGAUUUGCAACAGCUGAAGGAGCACCUUAUUCAGAAAAGUUUGUCUGAGGGCGCUAGAGAAAUUCUAGAUAUCCGUGCGCUCGAAAAUGCCAUACAGAGAACACAGGAAGGUGUUCAGGGCCAAACUGAAAAUGUGCUACAUUCAGCUAACAAUCAAGUUAUGACCUUACCUGCUUUAGAUCUCGCCGGACAAAGACAUCCCGGACAUCUUGGUACCCAGGAAGCUUUAUAUGAUCUUCAAACUGGACAAAAAUUAGAGAAAAGCUAUUCGCGGAGACACACACUAGGUUUAGCAGAGAGAGAUUUUGAUAAAAAACCUGUUCCCAGACUCACCAAAAUGGAACCUUUACAAAAUAUGCAAGGUCCAUCUCCAGGGCAACAGUCUAAAUAUGCAUGGAAUAUGCGGGCCAUCCAUGAUCCCACAAACCAGUAUAAUAGACAAGUACUUAGUGAUACGUACGGCGUCUCAUUACCACUUAUAGUAGAUAAACGAAAGCAUAAAACACCACAGAAAGUAAUUAUGGGCAACACAGUGGAACACCUAGCUGUCCUACCCAGAGCCAAUCGUGUUGAUCCAUCGAUUAUUCCACCAGCAAUAACAGAAAAAGAUGCCAAGAAAGGAAUUUUAAGUUUAUUAGAAAGGGGACUAAUUCCUCCAGCAGCUGAACUGACGUUAGAUCCUUCACCCGUCAGGCAUAAGAUGGUGGAGUUACGAGAUCCUAUUGAAAAAAAAGAACCUAAAGUACCUGUAGCUGGUGUUGGCGAUGGUAAUUUCAAUUUUGUUAAGAUGGACUUACUUUAUAAUAAGUCUACAGAUUCCAUGUCUAUGUCAUCCAGAUCAAAAUCUGCCGGUAAAGCAUCUGAGCGAGAAGUUGAUAGCACAUGGGGCCAUGGUCCCUCGCAUUCCAGAAUGGUAUCAUCUGCCAAAUCCAGUAAAAGCAUGGUACCUAUUAAACCACUUGAUGGAGCAUUACAACCGCUGCCCCCACCUACAACUCCAGCUAGUGAAUUCAAACACCUCAGUCAUCGGUUUCCAAUCCAACAUGGUAAAAUCCGUGAACAGUCACAAGACUUUAUGGCUUUCAAGCAACAUUAUUGUCUAUCUUGGGGUAGUAUCGUCACAAUGUUACAAUACAUGGAAAGGAUGCUACAAAAUUAUGCAAUACCAUUGGCUUUCAUUAAUGGCGACAAACUUGCAGAUUUGUCUUUAGAAUUUGAACUUGAAAAGCAGCCUACUAUAAAAGACUUGCUGAGUGUAAUAAUAAACAUAGAUGAUGUUUUAGCAAUAAUCAAAAGACCAGGAAGGCGGUUCUUGGGUCCCGAUGGUGAACAUGUGGCAGCAACUAAGAUACAAGCAACAUGGAGGCGAUACAAGGACCGAAUGGCUUACCUGGAGUAUAGGCGGAAGAAGUGGGCGGCAGGUGUAAUAGCAAUAUCGUGGAUUAUGAACGUCAAACUGUCUAAAAUUAGAAAACAAUUACGAACCACUAGGCAAAUGUAUUUAGAUGAAUUUAGAGAAAGAGCCAAGAAAUUCAAGACUAAUUGGAGUCGCAUCCAGCAAUCUAGGAGAGUACUUAUUCAUCUUCCAUCCCUUGGUUACUCACAAAAAAUACGAGACACUGUUAAAGAUAUGAAUAUUAGACAAAAUUUACAAAUGGCGAGGAUAUGUGACAUAUCAGAUCCAAACGUUGAAGUAAUUUAUAUAUGUCCAGUUGAAGUGAACGAUGAAACUCUACAGUACUAUUCUAAAUUAUUGGGUUUAAGGUCAGCUGUCUCAUCGGGCAAUGUGGAAGACCAGUCUGAUGUCACAGACAGAUAUAAAAUUAUUGUACCAGAGGCUUCCAAUAGAUUUCCAAGUCACUCCAUGUGCCUAGCAACACAUCUAAAAUAUAGUCCCAAGGCUCUCAAUAGAAUUAAAAACUUAAUCAAAGGACGAGAAGCUUACUUAGUCCCUGGUGUCAUGCAUAAAGACGAUCUAGCUGUAGCACAUGAAUUAGACAUACCAGUAUUAGGUUCAGAGCCGGACGUAGCUCAGUUGUAUAGUACAAAGUCUGGGUGUAAAAGAGUUUUCAACAGUGCUAAAAUUGAAGUGCCUCCCAGUGAAUAUGAUGUGUAUAGUUUACCUCAGUUACACGAAUGUUUAGCACAACUAGUAACUGAGAACUUGGACGUUAAACGGUGGUUAUUUAAAUUAGAUGAUGAAUUUGAUGGUAGGGGGAUUGCGUACUGUGAUGUCACGACACACCUGAGAGCUUAUACAUGGGCAAAGAAAGAAGAACAGAGGUAUGGCGAGAAAUGGAGCAAGAAAUGGGCACAGGAAGCCGCUUUUAUCAGGAUUCAUGCUGAAAUUCCAGAUGUACUCGAGAAAAAUGCAAGACCAGUUAAUACCACAGUCUUUCCAACAUGGCAGAAAUUCUUAGAAGCUUUUCUAAGUAAAGGAGGCAUCAUAGAAGCAUGCCCGCCAUCUGAGAGUGUCACUGCGUUAUCUGUAGAUGUGUUAAUAGAACCAACUGGUAAAAUUAAUGUUAUUUCCUGUGGGGAUCAGAUACAUGCAGAAACACCCUUCACUGCGUGGGGUAUAUCCAUUCCCCAGUCGUCAGUGGAACCUACUGUGUUGAAUGAUGCCUGUAUGAAGAUUGCUAAAGCCUGCCACCAACGUGGUGUGAUUGGUCACUUCACGGUUGACUUUUUAACGUUUAUUGAUGCAAAAACGAUGGAUCAAAAGCUCUGGGCUAUAGAUCUAAAUUUGUCAUACAAUGACACCAUGGCGAUGACUGGAUUGAUGUUGUAUGUCACGGGUGGUAAGCUGGAUACAAAGAAUUCUGUGUUUGAAGUGCCACCACCAAAGAAAGAGAAGAAAACCAAGAGAAGGAGUCGAUGGGAGCCUGAAGAACCUGACGUGCCACCAAACAUCAAUCGUUUUGCCGUGAUGAGUACCAGGCUGCUGCAUACCAACUUAGCAGUCGUACACUACAGCGUGUUCUUUCAGAUGUGUAGAGCACAUGGCAUUGGCUUUGAUAUUAAGGAGAAACAAGGCACUGUAUUUACACUGAUUGACAGUUUUAAACGGGAAGGUAUUGGUAUGCUGACUAUAGGGGAGGAAUUACAAGGAUCUCUCGCAACGUUUGCAAGAAAUCUGUCAGUCAUUCACCAAGAAAUUUCAGCUCCAAACAUGCAAGGACAAACCAACUUUAAGGCUGCCAUUGAGGAUAUUGAAGGCAUCUUAGGAACAACAAUACAAAAUGUCGAUAGAGCAAAACAAGAGGCAGAGGAAGCAGCAAUGGAACGAGACAAACAACUCGCUGAAAAACUAGCCUCUGUAACAUCUUCAUAACUUUGAAAGUAAUAUUCAUUUACCGGUACUACUGACUACUUGGCAACUUCAAGAAUCACUGUGAAGAGAAAUGAAAACAGAAAUGAACAAAUCCAUGACAGCAAAUAGUUCUCCUGUUCUUCCCCGAGUUUGUUUAUGAAACGAUUUUCUAUUUCACUUUAAUUACAGAGUGUGAACAAAAUUAAAGAAAAAAAAUUAUAUUCUUCUCUGCCAAACUUUUCUUCUUUUUCUAUAUCUUUUUACAAGUAAUGGCUAACAACCAAACAUCUUGAAAUUAGUUAUUUUUCAACAACGAAUAAAAGUGUAUUUUUAUCGAUAUGUAAAUAUUGUAUAGAAUUUUUUUCAGUUGUACACCAGCGAGCAUUUUAGACAAUUAGGGAUAGUAUUGACAUUAAUGACUUAUUUUUAAGUCUCCUUUAAAACAAAAUGCAAGUUUUUUACCGUUUCUAAGAAAUUGGAUUAUAAAGGCAAAUAUAGCUUCAUUUGUUUUUCUUGAAUAAAACAAUUGAAAUCCAGAUUUGUCUUUUUAACCUCAUCAAUAUGGCUGCACAAUGUUGUUUAUACAAAUGGUUUUCUUUGGGACAGAAUUUGUUUAAAACCCUUUGAAUUGUAAAGUCAGCUUUUAUGAUAACAGACCUGCAUAAUGCAUUUUUCGCACCCUCUACUGUUUGCCGCGUCUGUGACAUUAAAAUGACGUAAAUUGGUGUAAGCAAUACAAGUUCAAACCAACAAACUCCAAUCAUCCAUAUUUUGAAUAUGUAAAUCUCACGAAAAAUAUUUGUUAUUGAUGAAGACUUCAGAUCGAAACUCUA